UGAACAAUAUUGUUUACCUCGAAGUACCAUCUCAUGUGAAAUAAACCUUACAUCUUGCGCCUUCAAUGCACUUUCAUUAUGAGGAUUUACAUCCCAAAGAGCAAAUGUUUUCUCCUCAAGACUGCUAGGUAUGCAAAUGCAACUUUAUCUGUUACCGGGUGUGCAAGCAAUUAAAAUGGACGCACCUCUAAAAGCAUGAAGGUUAUGUUCAACAAUUACGACUAUGUUGACAACUUUUUGCACCCAUAUCGAUUUCUGAAUGAUCUGUCUACAAAUACUGAAAAGGAUGCUUGGUUUAUGACGCUCAAUGAAAAUAGUGGUCUGAAUUAUGCCUGAAAACUGUAUCAAGGAAAAUACAUGUUUUCCGUUUGUACAGAAACAGAUGCCUGUGCCUAUUCAGAUACUGAACAGGCGUUGCCGGUGUUUUAAAUGUAAAGGAAUAAAAUAUAUUCCUCUACCAAAGAAACAUGCCCCAAUUUACGUCAGGCAUCUCAGAUAGCGCACCACACACCAGAGCUGGCCACUGUUUUCAUAGGUGUACAAGUGGCUAAGCUAGCUCCGUAACGGAGCAGUUCACGAGUUGAUGGUAGGCUCAGUUUAAACAGUUCACAUAUCAGGUGUCUACCAUAGUCGUUGUUUUAACACAGCCGCUGUUCCAAAUACCAUUUAAAAGUUGUGGUUAGCCGUAAAUAUGCCAUGCCUCUUGUAGCGCAACCUCUGAUCUCGGAGAGCUGUGUUGGCUAAUCUGCCGGGGCUUUUCCAUUGCCCAUUGCUCCUCCUUUGCUGUUUUUUUCUCUCAGCAGUUUGGAAGACAUUGAAUGAUCGACACUGCAGCAAGUUUACAAACCAGGGGAACGACACCAUUGAGAAAAACGACACCGGUGUUAAUUUGUCUUUAUCCUGUAGGACACUCUUCUGCUAGCUGCGAACACACUGGCGGCUAGCUAUUUAUACGCGUCUUUGUUUCCUCCAUCAAAAGUGAUCUCAUCAAGCCUAUGGUCUUCUGUGUCCACGCGAAUGUGUGACAUCUACCCUGGUGUCCCGUUGUAUUGCACGAUUGUUGUAUUUCGGUCCAGAAGACUGGAAGAGUCACAGGUCGUGGAAUUGGAAAGUCCGGGCCAACUCAGUCCAACGAGGACAAAUGCAAGACGACGCGUACCGGGGCGGCCAUUUGACUCAAAAUAAGUUGUCAGUCAUGCCAUCUGGUUACAAGCAGUAGCCGGCGCUUUUGACCCAAGUUACUACGCUGCAAGUAACGAAAUUGGAUGGAAUAGCGGGCCUCAUUGCUUACCCGAAGAUUUGCUCUACAAUCGACGGGUUUGAAAUAACGGUGGCACCAUGUCGGAGGAUAACAACGUCGACAAAUGUAUAAAGGAGACCUCCAUCCUGGAGGAGUACAACAUCAACUGGACACAGAAGCUCGGAGCCGGCAUCAGUGGGCCUGUGAGGGUAUGUGUGAAGAAGUCGACGCAGGAGCGGUUCGCCCUCAAGAUCCUUAUAGAUCGCCCCAAAGCUCGCAAUGAGGUGAGGCUACACAUGUUAUGUGCAAUUCAUCCAAACAUUGUACAGAUCAUCGAGGUGUAUGCCAACAGUGUGCAGUUCCCCCACGAGUCCAGUCCGAGGGCACGGCUAUUAAUCGUCAUGGAGAUGAUGGAAGGGGGUGAGCUGUUCCACAGAAUAAGCCAACACAGACACUUUACAGAGAAGAUGGCCAGCCAGGUCACCAAACAGAUAGCACAGUCGCUGGAGCACUGUCACUCGCUCAACAUCGCUCAUCGAGACUUGAAACCAGAGAACCUCCUCUUCAAGGACAACUCGCUAGACGCUCCAGUGAAGUUGUGUGAUUUUGGCUUCGCUAAGAUCGACCAGGGCGACCUGAUGACGCCACAGUUCACUCCCUAUUAUGUAGCACCUCAGGUUCUGGAGGCACAGAGGCGACACCAGAAGGAGAAGUCUGGAAUAAUACCUACCUCACCAACCCCCUACACCUACAACAAAAGUUGUGACCUGUGGUCACUGGGGGUCAUCAUCUACGUGAUGCUGUGCGGCUACCCGCCGUUCUACUCCAAGCACCACAGCCGCACCAUCCCCAAGGACAUGAGGAAGAAGAUCAUGACGGCCAGCUUCGACUUCCCCGAGGACGAGUGGAGCCAGAUCUCCGAGAUGGCCAAGGACAUUGUACGGAAGCUUCUGAAGGUGAAGCCAGAGGAGAGGCUGACCAUCGAGGGGGUCCUGGCCCACCCGUGGCUCAACUGCACAGAGGCGCUGGACAACGUGCUACCCUCGGCCCAAAUGAUGAUGGACAAGGCGGUGGUAGCAGGCAUCCAGCAGGCGCAUGCCGAGCAGCUGGCCAACAUGAGGAUACAGGACCUGAACGUCAGCCUCAAACCCCUCAGCACCGUCAACAACCCCAUCCUGAGGAAGAGGAAGCUGCUCGGCACCAAGCCCAGUGAUGGCUUCUUCAUCCACGACCCGGAGAACGGGGGAGAGGACUCCAACGUGGCGCUGGAGAAACUCAGAGACGUCAUCGCACAGUGCAUCCUGCCACAGGCUGGUGAGAACGAGGAUGAGAAGCUGAACGAGGUGAUGCACGAGGCCUGGCGCUUCAACCGUGACUGCAAGCUGCUCCGAGACGGCCUCCAAGGCCUCAGCUGGGACGGGAGGGCGUUCUGUGACCCAGUAGACCGCCUGAAGCUAGCGGAGAUCGUCAAACAAGCCAUCGAGGAAAAAACAAACUUACAAGAGUCUCAAUAGCAAGUGCUGAAUUUCUAUUUGUUUUUGUACUGUUUUAUUAUAUUUGUUCUUAAGCAAAUAACUGUAAAGAGUUUUUUUUUUCAAUGUAAAUGUGCUGAAACGUCUUUUUUUCAAUGGACAUGGCUCGAAAAACUACUGUAAAACUGUAGAUAUCUUCAAGGUUUGUUGGUACGAAAAAGGUUUUUUUAAACAAAUGAUGAGGAAGAAAAGAACCCAAAAACAUCUAUUUUUAUUUUCUUUUUGAGGGUGAAGCGAGAGAGAAAGAAGAAAAAAGACAACAAAACCUAAUCACAUCCUGCACUGGAGAAGCAAGGGAGAUUUUUUAAAACCUGCUUGUCCAAGAUGCCACAUAUUUUAUUUUAGCUUUAUUCAGCCUUCUCUUUUUAACAAUUCUCAUAAAUCUAUUUAUUUAAGAUAAAAAAAAUAAUUAUAAUGAACAAAGGAAACCAAUGCUGUUAUUUUGUACCAUAACGCCUGCCGUUGCAUCACACAGAUCAGUAUGAGUUGCUGAAACAGAACAAAUCAGAGCCAGUGAAGAGAGGGCAAGACCUUUAGCUUAAAGAAGGUUUGUCCUGCAAAUGUAUCUAUCCAGUGAAAAAAAUGUGAACUGUAAAUGAAAAGAAAAAAUCAUAUAAGCCUUUUGAAGGAGAAGAAGAAGAAGAAGCUACUCAGCAUGAGCUGCAUUAUGUCGAAAGGUUCCGUCGUCACUGUCUUGCCUCCAGACAGAUUAUCAAGUACUUGUGAAUUGCUAUGAGCCUGAAGUAAGCUGUGUAUGUCUUCCCCGACGAGGAUUCCAAACGUUUGGUAGUAGUUCCGAAUGCUGUACAUGUCUAGUCUUACAGCGAAUUUCAAAUGCAACGCAAACAAACAAGCGAACAAACUCGCUACCUCCUCUUGGCUGCACGGAGGUUAUGUUGGGAGCAUGGGAGUGGAGAGAGCGAGAGAUAUCGAGAUCAGGACAACAAAACACUACAAACUGUUUGCAGUCAGACGUGCACACUCCCAAGUCUUUGUAUGUAACCCAGUAGUAUUGCGCCUCAGUUAUGGUCAGAGAGCCGUGUGUAUGUGUGUGUGUGUGUGUGUGUGUGUGUGUGUGUGUGUGUGAUUGCGUGUGUGUGUGUGUGUGUGUGUGUGUGUGUGUGUGUGUGUGUGUGUGUGUGUGUGUGUGUGUGUGUGUGUGUGUGUGUGUGUGUGUGAUUGCGUGUGUGUGUAUGUGCGAGAUUGUGUGUGUGUGUGUCUGUCGAGAGAUUUUUUUUCAUGUCUACUUGAGCUGUCAAGAGGUUCAAGCCAAUGUGAGGAUCUUAUGGUUUCAAGUACAUUAUAUCCGUUUUCUUUCUUUCUUCUUUCUUGCUUUCUAAAGCAACGACUUCAGGAAGAGAACCCUUGAGCCUUCCUUCUUUUGCCUAUAUUUAUGUGUAUCGAAAAUGUCUGAGUAAUACCUAAAAGGUGUGUGCGUACUUAUGUGUUUCGUACAUGUGCCCUUGUUGAGAGCUUGCCCUUACCAAGUCCAAGUCGGAGCUGCUUCCACAAUAAGUGAAUACAAAUGCCUGCACCGGAGGAGGCUAUUCUGCCCUACAAAGCCAAAGCGCAUUAACUAUAUAUUUAGUCAAAAUUGAGUUUAGACUGAAAAUUUGCUGCAACUACAAUAUCCAACCUAAUACCAAUACUUUUGAGGGCAUUUUCCUCAGUUUGUGUAGUUACUGCACUUCGUCUUUGUAGAGCAGUAUUGGUGGUGGCUGUCUCCAUGUAGCACCUUAGCCACUGACAGCCAUAUCUCCCCUUCUCCUCCUGGUGUUACGCAUCGUCUCCCACCCAAUCAGAGCCUGACAAACUGGUUUGGACCCGGGAUGUCAAACUCCACCCCUCCAAUCACAGUUGACCUUAGCUCAGGACCCUAACCAUCAUGGAAAGAAGAAAUUUGUGGAUCUCGCCAUCCCCACCUGCUACUUAUUGUUUUGACUCUGAAGCUGCAAAAAGUUAGGCCUUGUGUUUGGGAUCUCUGCUCAUUUGUCUCUCACUGGCAGUGGUUUUAAGACAGACUGCAGUUUACUAAAACAAUUCACAAAUCAUGGAUCUCUGAUGUUUUCAGGAUGACAACUGAAAUUGUUGAAGGGAAAGGGCUUUUGACUCAACCAGUUGUAACUUUUUUUCAUUUAUGACUUAAUUCUUAAAUAUGUUCAGCAUAACAUGCCGCAAGCUUUCCACGUUUCCUUGAACUUUUUUUUAUUCCCCUAACCAGACUAUAAUCCUCUAACAGUCCUCACUAUUGGUAGACUAUGACUCAGGUCAGAUUAUGAAACAUAUUGAUGAAAUGUUUUUUCCCCUUGUUUUGCCAAAGGAGCAGUCCCCCCUUUUGGAAACCUUUCUUGUGUUUUUUCAAGGUGUUCUCUGAGUCUGGUUAUAUUUAGAGAUGCACCGGAUCCUGAUUUUUAGGAUCCUGGCGGAUACCAGAUCCACUGCUUAAGAUCCUGCCGGAUCCGGAACCCGAUACCGGAUCCUACGAAAGGGUUGAAACACAUAGCCUACUCACACACGUGGGCCCUUUUUAUCAUGUUGGCUCAAACUAUUUUGACUGAAAAGCCUCGGCUACCGGAUCCUGGGUCCUGGAACCGGAUCCGGAUCCUGUGAAAAACCCUAUUAUCCUGCCGGAUCCGGAACCGGAUCUUGGAUCCGGUGCAUCUCUAGUUAUAUUACCUCUUAGCAUGUAUCAUUGAACCAGUUCAAUAACAUAAAGUAUAAGUAAUAUCAAAUGAGUAAUAUCACCAGAAUCAGAGAACAGCUUGAUAAAAUGAAUGGGAAAAACUCAAUUAUUUAACUUGAGGAGGUGUAAAGUGAGCUUAUCUCCAAAAUUGGUGGAUUGUUCCUUUUAAUGAUGAGGAGUUAGAAUUGGAACAGGGGCAGAGACUGGAUGAUACUGUAAUGUAAUGUAAUGCUGCAUCUUGAACCUCAGUUCUAGGGAAUAGACCUGAACAUGAGAUCAUUUUUAUUUUAUUUUAUCUCAAAGAGCUUUCUUUUGGAUUGUCAGUAUCUGGCUAACACACACACACACACACACACACACACACACACACACACACACACACACACACACACACACACACACACACACACACACACACACACACACACACACACACAGUGAGGUAUUGUACAUAUUCUCAACAGUCUUCCAUGUUGCAGCAUAAUCAUGUUUGUCCAGUUAUACUGUAGCUUUCUGAAUGAAGAAAAAUAAACAUCAACAACAACCGUUAAGUGACACUGGCCUCCGUAGUGGUGGGAGCACCUCAGUAAACUAUACAUCAAAUAAAUGUUUUCUGAGAUGAAAUGAGGCAUUAACAUGGCUUCUAAUUCAGCAGUAAAGCGCUCUAGUUACAUGACAAAUCUUGCCUUGCUGUUUUUUGAGACAAGCCAUUUUUGUUGUCAUUGUUGGUUUUGCCACCUUAGCCUUUCAAGCUGGAGACGGGAUGCGAAACUGAAGCAUACAUUUGGCUCAUAAGACAGAUUGUCCGUGUUUUAUUUGCUCAUGUAAUGUUCUCUUUUCUGUUUUUAAUUCCCAGUUUUGAAUAUCUGUUUGAAGAAAUGCAUCUUGUUUUUCCUCAUCUCUCUUUUUUGUCAUUUGAUUUUCAUCAUCAUUCAUUCUGUUGUGCUUUUGUGUACUAAUCUCCUCUUGUGUGGUUCUGUAACGGUGCACUUAUCGUUAUUUCAACGUGGGAGGUCUGUACCCCAGACAGUAUUUUAUUUGUUCUCUUAUCAUCUUUUGAAAUGUCAUGGACAUGCUGAAAUGUUUUUUUUUUAUUAAAGCAUAUCCCGCUGUUCAGAAGUCAGUGUCUCUCUCUCACG